GAGAAAGUUCCUACAGAGGUGUUUCCAUAUAAAGUAAUAAACAUAUGCUCACAAAUAAAAGGGUUGUUUAACAGUUAGAGCCUGCAGGAAUUCCACUAGGCAACCCUUUACCGACUUUGUGUCAUUUUGGUAAAUGAGUUAGUCAGUUCAUCGACCCUCUGUUUAAAUAGACCUGUUGGACUUUCUCCUCCUGCAGUAGCUGCCCACACACCAACCUGAACACUUGUGCUGUAGAGAGUACAGCGUUCCCAUUGAUAAUGCAACCGGCUUUCUUCUCACUCAUCCUGAUUGCCGUACAUGUGUCUGUACCGGUGGAUUGCACACCGAGGCUCCGGGACCCAGAGCAGCUUUUACAACGUCAGCAGAGCAGCUACAACAGAGGAACACAUGCGGAUACAGCCGCUGGUGCGGGACGUUUCUACAUGGAGAUGAGUGGAUCAAUGAGAAAAGGCAGUCACAGACACUUUCUGGUUAUUUUGCCAGUAAGAACAGAUACAAGUGACUUUGUGUCAAUAUUUGAUUUGAGAAGAAAGCAGUUCCUCUGUAUGGACUCAAAAGGAGAGCUGUUCAACUCUAGGCACAAGGAAAGAGAAGACUGUCUCUUCCAGCGCAUUUGGUUAGAUUUGGCGAACCAACGUGAUGUGUUUUACUCUACAAGUGGGGGCCGGCUGCUCAAACUGCAGGGAGCUGAGCUGCGAGUUGCUCACCAGGAGCCUCCUGAACCGUCCUCAGCCCUGGUGGAGAGCUUCCUGGGUCCCCUGGUAAAGAGACAGAGGAGGAGUGAGGAGGUGAACCCCUCUGAUCCAUUAAGAUCACAGCCCUCACAUCCUGCCAUGGAUCACAAGGAUGCAGAUCACGGGCAGCCGGAACAGGACCAGGCCGGCGCCGUGUCCAAACAGACCAUCACCUCCUGUGAUGACCCUCUGCGGGUCUUACAGCCCAACGGGCCCGUCAGUCCUGUCAAGACUAAUAUCGCAGACCGAGCAGAACAAGACUAAGAUACUGAACUUGGGUUUAAUGAGUGAAACGUGUCUGCAAAUCUUAAUGUUUGUUCUGAAAACUCACUUUAUGUUUGGCUGCAUAGUGGGAGUAGAUACUUAUUGUCCUGCAGAAUCAGUCAAAGCCACAGAACGACUUACAAAGGGCGGAGGGAGGUUUCUUAAACAUGAAAGCAUUAAAUAUAAUUUUUGUGUUCUUAUGGUACUUUUACGCUUGGUAAUGUACUCAUUAGCGUGUUACAUCACAGCAGCUUGUGCACAUCUUCAUCUCCUGUUUGAACAGCAGAUGGAGGAUAAGUUUGGCAACAUUCUACGUAACCAUCAGCGAGUUUGGUCCAGCGCUGACCUCUUCUGUCAGUUACAGUUUAAACCUUGGGUCAGAUGUGGCAAUGUUUGUUUUGCAUAUGUAAAAAAAAUUGUAAUCUGUAAGUAAUUAUGAAUAUUUAUACAUACACGUGUCACACAAUAAAGCUUCAUAACUGGAGUUGAACUGAACAGAAAUAGACCAGUGCAUACUAAAUAAAUAAUUUAACUGCCGCUCCCAGCCAUAAUACAUAAACAGGAAGAAAUGAUGCCAGGUGCCGGACACCAAUAGUCACAGUGAUGAAAAGGUAUUUAUUUAUUGAAAUGACUUCAUUCUUUAUCCUACUGUUUUAUUAUUUAUAUAUUUCAUGUUUUUCUUU